AUCUCAGUCUCUGCGGAUUAAAUCAUCGUUACAACAAUGAAGAAAGGAACGUUCAAUUUCCUGGGUCGGAAGAGUCCAUCUCUAUUCGACACCAAUGUGGAAAUCAGGGACAUGGAUAACACCGAGCUGGUGUUUAACACGGCUGCCAUCCCGGAGUCUGGAACCGCCAAAGUGCGCUCGCGUCCAACUGUCAAACACUUCAUGUCGCCUGAGAGUGCACAUGGCUCUGCAGUUCCAACUCCCAUGGUACCGGUUCUUCCACCCUUAAGUGAGCCCAAGAUAAAUGGUACAGGAAGUACUACAAACCUCGUAAAUGGAAGGAUGCUUUCUGUCCCUGACCUACUCCAGGGGGAAAUACUUAUACCUCCUCCGCCAAGCUCUGCUCCUCCACCCCCUCCAUCAUCUUCAGCCCCACCUCCUCCAUCAUUCAUCCCUCCCCCACCACAGUUCUUUGGCGAAAUGGACCCUUCUUUAGAUUGUGCAAGCCUGCAUCCCCCUCCAGUGGCACCCCCAAAACCACCAUCACUUACCAGUUCCAAUAACAGUGCAGAUUUGGACCUGGCCUCCCUCAAACCUCCUCCAAUGCCUCCUCCAAAACCUCCAUCUGAAACUUCCAGCCUCAGAGGUUCCCUCCCUAGCCUUGAUGUCCAAGGUUUCCCAGAAUGCCCCAAGUUCAACCCACCACCACCUCCUGUUAAAACAUCACCUGUUCUUGAAAAAGCUCAGAAAGCAGCACCUCAGAAACCCAUCCGAGUGAACUCCAUACCUAAUCUGGACGUCCAAUCCCAAACUCCUGUGCCACUUGUUGCUUCCAGCCAAACACCAUCUAGCUUCAACCCUCAGAAUACAGCUAAACUCUAUCAGGUGCAGAAGAGCACACUACUUGGUGGACAGAUAGAUAGGGAAAAAAAAGUCCAGUCCAUUCUGCUGCUGGAAGAUUCUGCUGGAAACACAGUUAGUGUAGUCAAUGGGAAUAGUGGGAAAAAUGCUGAAUCAUUCCAACCAGGCGUGCCACCAACAAAACCAGCCCGUCGGAACAGUUCUGCCACUCAGCUAAAGUAUGACCAGCCAGACAUGGCACAAGCUCCAAGUGAACAAGCCAAGGUAGAGCCCAAAAUCAAUCCUGAGUCUGUAACACCACAAAACAUCCCCACUGAGGUACCGGCACCAAUCGAAGUCUCACCCAAAAUAGAGAAAAGGAUUCCUGAUGUUAGGCAGGUGAUGACCCCAGUUGAGUCCCCUGGCAGGCCGCGCAAGAACAGCCCUAUCUUGAACCCCCGACAUCUCAACAAACGGGGCGCAGACGGCUCAGUAAAAAAAGAGACCUCCAUCUCACCUUUCGCCUUGCUGAUGGCUGCAAAGGAAAGAGAAAAGCAGAGAACUGUUCUGUCCCAACGGAACAGCAACUCAACAGAGCCAGUGACUUCUGUGAUCCAACCUAGUGUAGAAAAACCAAACUCCUUCACUGUAAUUCCUCGAGAGCCAACACCAGACAGUCCCAAUGCACAAUUAAAGUCGACCACAAACACGCAACCACUCACCUCACUUUCAACUAAAGUCGAUGUUCCACAUGUGUCCUACUCAAAGCCAGAGCUAAGCUCAACCCCUGUACAAAGCCAAAUGAGCAGCUCUGUUAGUGGUCUGGGUGACCCCGUUAAAGAUUUGAAAACUGGAGAAGACUUGGUCAUCAUUCCACCACCUCCUGAAUUUGCCAACACAGACUCUGAGGAGGAACCUCCAGUUCCCCCACCAAGUCACCGCGCUCCUGCUCCGCCUGUGAAAAGUGCCCCUCCACCUGCUAAAACCUUCUUACCUGCAACACCUUCUCCAAUUACCAACUGCCCCCUACCAAGUCACCCGGCUCCUGCAACCCCUGUAAAACUUGCCCCUCUGCCUUCUAAACUCUUACCUAUUACAAUCACCAAUGGCUCUCUGCCAGGCCACCCUGCUCCUGCUCCAACACCUGCCAAACCCUCUCUACCUCCAACACCUCCACCUAUCGCCAAUGGCCCCCUCGUUCCCCCCAAACCUAAACCACCUAGCUGUCCUCCCAAGGCCCCAGGACCUCCCCCAAAUAUCCAAACUCAACCCAAACCACCUUUUCAAACUAAACCUACUCAACCCCCUGCACAAGUGCCUCCAUCCAUCUCUGCUAGCCAGGCUACACUUCUCAGUAUCCUGCAGAAGAAGAUGCUAGAGAUGGACCCCAAAUUCUCAGCUGUCAGGGAGCAGGAGACCAACGGAGAUGACUGGAACUCUCCGCUGUCUGAUGACGAGGCCACGUCUCCUGUUACCAAAUACAAUCCUACGACAAACCGCAGUGCCACCCUGCCGGCGCAAACCUGUGGAUUGGACAUGAAGGAGCUGGAAAGCAAAGUGGCCAAAAAAGCUCAAAGUUUGGCCACUUCGGCUAUAUCCCAGAACAGUAAUGGACAAUCAACCAAACAGCAGUUUGGAACGACAUUCACUGUGACACCAGGCGCCAAACAACCAAUAACACCGAUUAUCAAAGACGGUUCGUCCUGAUCCAUUAUUCCAGAGAGGUGCCUUACUUGACAGAUAUUUAAUAAUUUGCACCCGGUCUGGAGAUUUAUUACUGCUGUUGGUGAAGUAUUACUGUAACUUUCUACCUGGACAUUUCUUCCGCAGCUUCAUCACAGACUUUCUAGAGCUGCCAAAAUCGAACAAUGGAUCAACUGUGCCUGUAUAUGCCAUACACAGUAACACAUUUUAAUGUCAAACCUUUUCAUUUAAUUCAAGUCAUUAGUUUAAUCCGGUUUCAUCCAGUUAAUCAGUUCGUAAUUGUAAUUUUUGCAUGAUAUUUUUGACUGUCUUUAAUCAUUAAUGUACAAAAUAACUCAAUGGCUCUCGAUAGGAGAGCUUCUUUCAGUGGUGCUGGAUUGUUUCCAGGUCAAAACAUGAUGCAUUUUUAUUAACUUAUAAAAAGUAAUUUCGAUCAAAUGGUUGCGAUGCCUUGAACACAUUACUGACGGUUCUUCAAAAUGAAGAAUAAUUCUUUUGCUGCUUUUCACUUUUUUAUAUCUGAAGCAAGAAUCA